AUGGAUGGCGUGAUCAAUUGUCCUACAACUAAAGAACUCUCAGUCGGAUCGUAUUUAUUCAAUUUAUUCAUAGGAAUUAUUGCGGCUUUUCUGGACAUAUUUGAUACCUUUCUCUGUUGUAAAAUUUUCAUAGGCCUGGUUGUAAAAUUUCUUCCGGCUUAUUAUUUCAAGCCAUACCAACGGGGUUUUUACUGUGAUGAUGAAUCUAUUCGAUAUCCGUAUCAUGAAAAUACUAUAACAGCACGUAUGCUGUUUACAUUUCUGCUCGUGACGCCACUUAUUAUGGUGAGUUUUUAUUUUAUCUCAUUUAAAUUUACUCAAAUUGUUUCUUUGGAGAGGGGAAUGAAAUUUUGCAAAAUUUCAGCUUACCACUUACUUCUAAUCCUAAUGGCAUAUAGUUCCGUAAAAACGAUGAAAUUUGUGGCUGGACGUUUGAGACCUAAUUUCAUUGCCGUUUGUCGACCAAUUAUAAGUGGAGCUGAUUUUUCAAGGUGCAAGAAUCAUACGUUCGUGAAAGAAUAUACUUGCGAAAAUCCGGCAGAAGAUGAAGUAAUGGAUGCUCGAAUGUCUUUUUAUAGUGGACAUGCUUCAUUUAUAUCUGCAUUUGUCAUAUUUUUUGUGAUCUAUCUACAAUGCAGAAUACCUCGUAAGAAUCACAUAAUUGUUAUUCGUGCUCUUUUGCAAACUGUUUUGCUUUGUGGUGGGUCAUAUAUAGCGUAUUCGCGUAUUCUUGAUGCGCAACACCAUUGGUCAGAUGUUGUUGUUGGAGUGAUUGUAGGCUCAGUUAUUGGAUAUUUCGCCGUAAGUUAUUUUUUUCUUUUUUUCAGCAUUUCGGCAGAACAUAUCGCAUUACUAAAAUUGAAUGCCUCUGGACUAAAAGAACAUGAAGCUGAGCUUGCUGUAAUGGAUUACGAAAUAGAAGGAGCGGAACCUGAUAUCAAGUAUAAGACGAGUGUAGUUCGAGUCGAGCCAACUGAACUCCGAAUUUUCGAUUAA